AUGACGACGCUGCCAAACCCCUCUGCUCUGACAACGCUGAUCUCGCAAACCAGCUCCGACCCAGUCUCCGCACUCACCACACAGGUCCUGCACAAUCUGCAACACCAGCAUCUCUGGACCUCCCUGGACACUCAUCAACUGCUCCGCGACCCAGCAGCCCCUAAAAACGGCGAGGAAAACACUCCCCCAACAACCCUAAUUUCGGGCGUGCCACCGCACCGCGUCUACACACAUCCCGACGAACAGCUUUACUUGCUCGAACUGGGACUGCGGGAGCAUGACUUGCCUCCAGAGCGAAUGCUAGUUCUGCCUACUACACAGGGUCAAUCGUGGACAUUGCGAAAGAUGGCUGCUGUUUUUGACUCCUUGCCCACUUUGGAACAACCGGAUUCUAGUGAUGGGAACGGGGAGGAGGAGACGACGGAGGAGGAGAAGGAGAAGAAAAAAGCAAACCUGGCCAAAUAUUUUGAAAGGAAAGAACAGGCGAUUCAAUCAAAGGAAUGGGGUGGGAAACGACUGCUUUUUGCCAUGGUUGACAGGCUCGUCGGUGGCGAUGGCACGGUCGUUUACUAUGUCUUUCAAGAGGGCAUUGUGAAGCCUCGGCAGAAUUGA